CACACGCACAAUUAAAUACUCUCUGUCUCUCUGUCUCUCUGUCUCUUGACUCUUUCUCUCUCUUUCUUCUUUCCAUGCCCCUUUCGCUUUUCCUUUGCCAUUCUUUACGCCAAGGUGCUGCUCCUGAGCAAAAGCAUUUUGCUUUAUCGACCCCUCAAUCGUCGGAACUUAGACUGCGCUUUCGCCUGCCUGUGUGAACUGUGGAGUACCCUUUUCUGUCCUCAGUCCAAAGCUGGAGUCUUUCUUGGCUUUUCGAUUUUCCCAUUUUUAUCCGGGAUCGGUUGAUCUUGGAAUGUUUUGGUGAUAAAUUGCUGAUAUAAAAACUUGGGUAGUCGCCAAGAUUUCGAGAUAUGAUCUGCCUGAGGCCGGAAGCCUUGGACGACGGCGGCGGCGGCGGCGGCGGUAGCGACUCCUGCUUCUCUCCUCGCAACAGCAGUAGCAUGAGCGGCAAUGGCUUCGUGCUCCCUGUCGACUUGGGAGGUUCGAUACAGAGGUAUUUACGGAGGAGUGGCAGGUCAAAUUGUCGAACGAGGAGCAAGUCGUUUUCUUCCGGUGACGGGUGCUCCACUAACUCUGAUUUCGAGGAUAAAUGCAGCGGGCGGGAGAAAAGUGGGAAGCUGUACACUUACCGAUCCCAGCUCGAGCAAGAUGUUCAAAGAUUGCAAAAGGAGUUGGAGGAAGAGAUUCAGUUACACUUGACCCUGACAAAUGCUGUUGAGCAAUGUGAUCCAUCAUUGUCUGACUCAUCCAGCCAGCUUCCAGAUAAGGCCAAGGAUCUAGUAGGCAGUAUAACAUUGUUGGAGACAACGGUGCAAAAGCUUGAAAGGGAGUUGAUUGCCCUCCAGCAUCAGCUACAUCAAGAAAGGAACGAGCGCCACCUUGCGGAAUACAAUCUUAGGCAUUCUUCCUUUAGGGCUUCAUCAGCAUCAGAUAUAUAUCCUAACCUGACGCCUAUAAAUCCUAAUGGUGGAGAGAAGAAAGACGCGGAGAUUGGAUAUCUCAGUCAAUGGUUAGACACAACCCAGAGGCCAAAUAAGGAUAUUCUGCAGGAGAACCUAUGGCAUCACCCUAACCAGCUGUCUGAAGAAAUGGUUUUGUGCAUGAGAGACAUUUUCAUCUCUCUAUCAGUUUCACCUAAAGAAGACUCCUCUCACGUGGCUUCACCAGCUUCACCAAUGUGCCCACUCUCCUAUAACUCUGCUGCAUCUUCCUCAGACUCACCCUUAUGGACUUCACCGGCUAGGAGGUCCUCUGGCUGCGAUUUGGAAAGUAGUUAUGAUGUCUUUUACAAAGUUGAGACAUUUGAUCCUUAUACAUUUCCUGGUAAGCUGGAGUGGCCAGGAACUGUUGGAGCCUACAGCACGGCAGUUCAAGUCUGUUCUCUGUCUGUUGGGAAGAAAGAACUUAUUUAUGCUGCAGGAGCUCUCAAAAGAUUCAGGUUCCUUGUGGAGCAGUUGGCCAAACUGGACCCAUCUAGCAUGACACACGACGAGAAGCUGGCUUUUUGGAUCAACUUGUAUAAUGCCUUGAUUAUGCAUGCAUAUUUAGCAUAUGGAAUUCCAAGAAGUGAUGUCAAAUUCUUUUCCUUGAUGCAGAAGGCCAUGUACACAGUUGGAGGGCAGUCAUUCAGUGCAGCUGAUAUUGAGUACAUUAUGCUCAAGAUGAAGCCUCCUCCUCAUCGCCCACACAUUGCUUUGUGCUUAGCUCUCCAUGAAUUCAAGGAACUUGAAGUGAAGGAAAUAUAUUCGAUCGAUCAACCGGAGCCUCUCCUUCCAUUCACGCUAAGUUGUGGGACGUAUUCUUCACCAGCGGUCAGAAUCUUCAAGCCUGGAAAAGUGGCCGACAUGCUCAGGCAGUCGUUGAAGGACUAUGUGCGAGCAUCGGUCGGAAUUAGCAACAAAGGGAAGGUGGUAAUUCCGAAGCUGUUGCAUUCUUUCAUGAAAGACAUCGGGGAGGACGCAUCAAUGGCCGAGUGGAUCUGUCAAUUCCUCCCCGGAGAGCAGGCCAACAUGGUGCGGGAUUGUUCGUCCAAAAUCAAGUGGAGGCUCCUCGGAACUCGGAGCUUCACCGUCUUACCUUUCUCGUCAAGGUUUCGCUACCUAUUUCUCUAGGAAGGAAAGAGCUCCUUUUGAUCACCGAGAGAGUUGGCAUCCAGGUCUUGGUUAGAGUUGUGGAACUAGGAAUCAUUCGAGGCUUGAAUGAAAAUAUGUUUCAAGGCAAGAAGCCACGAGAAUGUAUUAUUUUAUCUUGUUUGGUUCUGCGUCCUCAUACACACACGGUUACAAUCAUGAUACAAAUAUGAAGCUGCCAUGUUCUCUA